AUGCUGCCAGCUCUCCCGGCCGGUGGCCGCACAUUGGUCUAUUCAACUGUAGAUGGACAUGACAUUAAGCUAGACUACUAUUUGUCUCCGAUGGAAGAGGGAUGUCUGCCAGCGGUCAUCUAUUAUCACGGCGGUGGAAUGACCGCUGGUUCGCGGAGAAGUAUAGGUUUCCCACACUGGUUAUAUGACCACUGUCAAGCAAAAGGCUACAUCUUCAUCUCAGCUGAUUACCGACUGUGCCACCCAUGCACCGCACUCGAUCAGAUCGAGGAUGCAAAAGCCCUAUUUAGGUUUCUCGCAGGAGAAGGCUUCCAACAGGCGCUCCCAGAACCCAUCUCACUGGACACAAGUCGGAUAGCAGUGACUGGCUUCUCUGCCGGUGCCUAUUCCGCCCGUGCAGCGUGUGUGUACGCCACUCCGAAGCCAGCAGUUCUUCUCACAGGCUAUGGAAGCGCGGGCGACUGGCUUUUGGAUCACUGGACCACGGGUCGGCCGCCGACCUCCAUCGCCAAAUUUGUUGAUCUCCAUGACGUCCCUCGGAUACUUGCAGACAAGACGGUUGUGAGUGAUGACACGCCCGAAAGUGGCAUCCUGUCUAACCGCUUCGCUCUUACUGUCCGGUGGGAACUGGAUGGCACCUUCCUCGACGGUUGCAUGGGUCGGCCUGGCCUGGGUGCAGAGCUGAAUAAGCUGGGGUAUGCACAGCGAGCUGCAGCGAUUCCAGAAGACUUAAAACCGGCCUUCCUCCAGUUAUUUGUCACGGAAAACUACCCGCCAUCUGUCUUCGUGCAUGGAACAGCUGAUGAAGUCGUUCCUGACCAGGAGAGCAAGCAUCAUCAUGAACAGUUGAAGCAGCUUGGGGUCAAUACAGAACUACUGCUUGUAGAGAAUGGACCGCAUGGCUUGGUAGACUUGAUUUCUGGAAUGCCGCCGGGUCCCGCGAAGGGGUCGGUGGAGGCGUAUGACAGAGCUUGUGAGUUUGUUACGGAGGUGUUUGAUGCUGUCAAAUAA